ACGACGCGGCAUCUUGAGCAGUUUUCCGUCUUUGAAGGAGUUUUGCAGCGAUUCAACAGGCGACUCGGCCCGGACUGUGUAUCAACUAACUUCCAGGGGUUGAUUCAGCUCUCGUUGACAUGGCAACAACAGAUAGCACAGCAGGCUUGGAUGACGUCAAGAGUGGAUCAGCAGGGGGUUCUGCCAACACUGUUUCCACCUGGCAAGGAGCAAGCUGUGAGAAGUUUGGAGAGGAAACCGGGAGGCAGGACAAAGGUGUGAAAGUGUUCAGGUGUGGGGAGUGUGUCAAGCAGUUUGGUUGUCUUAGUGCUCUGAAGACACACAUGCGGACUCACACAGGGGAGAAACCCUACAGGUGUGGGGAGUGCAGCAAGCAGUUCAGUGUGCUGUGUAAUCUGAAGAGACACAUGCGGACUCACACUGGUGAGAAACCCUACAUGUGUGGGGAGUGCAGCAGGAAGUUCAGUCAGCUGGAGCAUCUGAAGACUCACAUGCAGACUCACACAGGUGAGAAAUCCUACAUGUGUGGGGAGUGCAGCAAGCAGUUCGGAAUGCUGGGUGAUCUAAAGAAGCACAUCAGAACUCAUACUGGUGAGAAACCCUACAGGUGUGAGGAGUGCGGCAGGCAGUUUAGUCAGCUGAGUAAUCUGAAGACUCAUAUGCGGACUCACACUGGAGAGAAACCCCACAAGUGUAAGAAGUGCAGCAAGCAGUUCAGUCAGCUGGGUAAUCUAAAAAAGCACAUUCGAACUCACAUUGGGGAUUACAGAUUUACAGAGGUUAAUCCUGCUCUCGUUGACAUGGCAACAACAGAUAGCACAGCAGGCUUGGAUGACGUCAAGAGUGGAUCAGCAGGGGGGUUCUGCCAACACUGUUUCCACCCGGCAAGGAGGAAGCUGUGA